UAAUGUACAGUAUAUUAUAACAGAGUGAUGUUUUUUCAGGUGAGCCAAAGAGUCAACAAUGGCUGAGGACAGUGAUAGCGAUUAUUCUGAUAUAGAGUACACUACCAUAGAUGAAAAAGAAGCUGCUGAAGAUUCAGAUUCAGAUGUAGAGCUCCAGAGACAGUUUCAGAAAGGUAAACUAAAGCCAGGCAUUGUGGACUUGAGGAAUAUAACAGAAACAAAAAAAGAAUGUACAAAUAAUGUGAAUGGUUUGAAAAAUAAGUUAGCAGAGUUUAGGCUUGAUUUACCAUGGAUAGAAAGAAUGGACAUCUGUAUUGAAGCUGCAGCCUUAGCACCAGAGCUGAAUGUUGAGAUCCAAGAGCACGCACAGAACAGAGAGAAGGUCAUGAGAAACAAAGCAAAAAACUUCGACGUAGAUGAAGAUCCCCUUCACAAUGACUUCAAGCGGGAAAUGACAUUUUAUAGGCAGGCUCAGGCAGCUGUACUCGAAGGUUACAAGCGACUGAAGGAACUGGGGUUACCCACUAUGCGACCGGAGGAUUAUUUUGCAGAAAUGGCAAAAAGUGAUGAUCAUAUGCAAAAGAUCCGCAACAGAUUAAUGAAGAAGCAGAAGGGCCUGGAACUCAGUGAAAGAGUGAAGAAGAUCAGAGAUAUUAAGAAAUAUGGAAAACGAGUACAAAUUGAAGUGGAGCAGAAGAAGAUCAAAGAGAAGAAAGAAAUGAUAGACAAACUUAACAAAUACAGAAAGGGCAAGAUUGACAGCUUAGAUUUCCUGCCAAAAGAAGACAAGGAAAACAAUCCCAGGCAAGGUGGUGGAAAAUCAAAGUCCAAAGUGAAGAAAAAGUAUCCUUUUGGAAAGAAUCGCUAUACCAAACGAAAUUGUGCGGCUGAUAUAGAUGAAGGCCCUUCAAAGAAAGGUCGUAACAAGAACAAAUUCAUCCCUCGUAGUGGGAAGAAGAAGAGAGAAAUGAGACCUGGGAAAAUGAGGAGGAACACUAUGAAAAACAAAGGUAGUAGAAGCAGGAGAAAGUAAACUGGAAAACUUUUGAGAACUAAGUCAGAAUCUUGAUUAUAUGUUUUAUAUGAAGUGUAUUGUUUGUUUUGCCCCUGUUUAUGGAAGCAAGAGAAAAAUGACUUGUUAGAUUAAAAAGGAAUCAUUA